UUCUCUUUCUUCCUGGCCAGACUCCAUCCCUGCCUCAGCAUCCCUGCCUCUGCUGGAGGAGGGAGCCAUGCAGUGACUGGAGAGACCUGACAGAGAGGACAAGGAGGACUCUGCUCCCCAGCCCUUGGGCCAAACUUUGGAGAAGAAACUCUGCGCCCAGCCUUCACCCGCCUCUUCCUCCUCCUCCUCCUCCUUGGCAAGAUGCAGAGGUGUAGUAGCCUCCUGUUUGUCUCCUUAAUCUUCUGCUUUGCCCUAUCGGAGACGUUCGGGCUGGUCUUAUCUGCUAAAGAGAAAAGAGGAUGGACCAUGAAUAGUGCUGGUUAUCUGCUUGGUCCACGUCGUAUUGAACAGCUCCUCAAGGAAAUGCCCAGUGCAAGGGGGAGAGAAGAGCCACCUGGGGAAUAUGCAAUAGACAGAGUUUUUAAUGACAAGAAUGGUUUAGCUGGUAAACGUGACAUACAGCCCGAAGAAAAUAUAAAAACAGGUUCUUUUGGAAGACCACUGAUCGAUGCCAAUAUUAUGCAUACAAUAAUUGAAUUUUUGACUUACUUACGUCUCAAAGAAGCUGGGGCUCUUGAUAACAUACCUACAACAGUUUCUUCAGAAGAGACAGAUCAAUCUUGAAAGUGAAUGUAUAUACCCUGUGUUAUAAAUUAAGAUAUCUAAUCAAAGCUUUGAACAAGACAAAAUGAUAUUUAUUGUUUACAUUUAUCUUAUACACUGCUACUUGUGGUCACAUUCCUUUUGUCUGUUUUCCCCUAGUAAUGUAAUAUUGUAA